AUGAACAAAAAUCUAUUUACCCAAUUCAUUACCCCCACAAUUAUAGACACCACCAUAUUACCAAUAAUCAUAUACUUCCCGUGUCUUAUCCUUUCAACCCCAAAACACUUAUUUUCUAACCGAAUCCAAACACUACAAAUUUGAUUAAUCCGACUAAUUACUAAACAAAUAAUAUUACUACAUAACAAACAAGGCCAAACCUGAACUCUCAUACUAAUAUCAUUGAUCCUAUUCAUUUCAUCAACAAACUUACUAGGCCUUCUUCCAUAUUCCUUCACACCAACUACCCAACUUUCAAUAAAUAUCAGCAUGGCCAUCCCCUUAUGAAUAGCUACAGUAAUUAUAGGAUUACGAAAUAAACCAAAAACAUCUUUAGCCCAUUUACUACCACAAGGAACACCAACCCCUCUAAUCCCGAUACUUAUCAUCAUUGAAACUAUUAGCCUAUUGAUUCAACCACUAGCUCUAGCAGUACGACUAACAGCUAACAUUACUGCAGGCCAUUUACUCAUCCACCUCAUUACUUCCGCAACACUAGCUCUCCUAUCCAUUAACAUAAUUGCAUCAACCAUGACAUUUAUCAUUUUCCUUAUACUAAUAAUCCUGGAACUAACCGUAGCCCUUAUCCAAGCUUACGUUUUCACCCUCCUAGUAAGCCUAUACUUACAUAAUAACUCCUAA